UUGAGCUCUGCCGCCGCGUGACGUAGAUCCCGCGACAACCUUGGGGCCAUCCAGGCUCUACUUUAACAAAGCUCCUGACCCAAAUAAUCUAAUCUCCCCAGCUCAACCAGUAUAUUUAUAGACAAACAAAACAACAAUCCCCCAUAGCUGGUUACCCAACGCCCCUAUCUCCAAAACCCACCAUCCCACCCUCUCAACCAACAGCGAGAGCUCCCCAAGCUCCGUCAGGCCCCAAGCCAACCCCCCAAAUCCCGAGCUCGAACCUCCGCCCCCCCCUCUCACACACCCACCACCUCACCACCUCAACACCCCCAAUGUCAUCCUGGGACUACAUCGCCAAGCUCGUCUGCAUCGGCGACUCCGGCACCGGCAAAUCCUCCCUCGUCAUCCGCCUCUGCGAAGGCCGCUUCUCCCCCCACCACGACGUAACAAUCGGCGUCGAAUUCGGCUCGCGAAUCGUCCCCGUUGGCCCCCCGAACUACACCGCCCCUCCCAAACCGACCCUCUCGAGCCAGCCCUCCAGCAUCCCCCAUGCCUCCGGAGAUGUCGACACAGAUGCCCCAGCCGCGGAUCCUGGUCCCGAGCCGCCCGGCCUGCCGACGCCGCCGGUCACGAACGCGAAGCCGAAACCGUUGGUGCAGAAACAUAUGAAGCUAAGCUUGUGGGAUACUGCGGGGCAGGAAACGUAUAAAUCCGUCACACGCUCCUAUUUCCGCGGUGCCUCGGGCGCGCUGCUGGUGUUUGACAUCUCGCGCCGUCCAACAUUCGCACACGUCCAGGACUGGCUCGCGGAUCUACGAGCAAUAGCCGAGACGGACAUCGUAGUCGUCUUAGUGGGCAAUAAAUCCGACUUGGCCGCGGGUGAGGAGAAUAAGCGUGAAGUUACGGUGGCGGAGGCGGAGGAGUGGGCGGCGAAGAAUGGGGUGCUGGAGUAUGUGGAGACGAGUGCGAAGAGUGGGGAGGGGGUGGAGAGGGCGUUUGCGAGGGUGGCGGAGAGGAUUCAUGAGAAUAUUGAGGCGGGGAAGUAUGAUUUGUAUGAUAGGAGGUCGGGGGUUAAGGGGCCGGGGACGGGACAGCAGGGGAGGGUGAAGUUUGGGGGGGAGGCGGUGAAGGCGGCGGCGGGGGGGUGUUGUUGA